AUGAAUAACGUAGGGUUAGCACUACAGGUAUCCCUCAUUUCCCAGAGGAAUCUUGUUAUACAGACUACAGACUAUGACGAUGCUGUUGAUCUUAUACGAACUGCUGCUCAUGUUAAUUAUGACAUAAAUGACAUCGUGGAAGUCGAUCUACUAGCUUUAGAUGCUCAGUUUGAUGGUAUCACUGAUUGCAUGGUUAAGGAAGACGGUAGCUUAUACAACUUUGUCAUAUUGAAAAACUUAGAAUGCGUUCACUUGGAUUUUGAAAAAAAAGGAAGCCUUCUACGAGUCUUAAAUCAGCUUUCUCGAUUUGACAAGGUUGCCUCGAGAAACAUGGAGAAUGAACCGCUCAAAUUUGGAAAGCACAUCGUUUAUAAGCCCCUGUUGUUUGCUUUGAUUCCUGUUAUUCGGAACGGAAAUAAGAUGCCAGCCAUCAACCCCCAAAUCAAAAGCCGUUUUUUUUUCUCCCAGCUAUACAUCCCUAUUGCUAAUGAUACGUACAACCAUCAAUGCACCGUUGACGACAUAUUGCAGGCAAGACGUCGACUUUCAACGGUUUUUGUGAAGGCUACCGUGGAAGAGUAUGCCCAUUCGUUGUUUGUGUUCACCAGGUCUCAUAGAUUAUGUUCUCUAGCUCCACUAACCGCCAGGCCGCCGUUGCUGGCACAAGAGAAUGUCAUGGUCCUUGCUAAAGCACUCACUUUUGUAAAGGAUACUCCUCAGGAUGGCCCUUUGUUUGUGACUCCAGCACUCAUCAAGGUUGCCUUUCGAAAAGUAGCCUAUUGGCUCGUAGAUUGGGAAACAAAUCCUCUUUUCAACGGUGAAGGAGAAUCAGACGAUUACAGAAAAAAGAUGGAAAUUUCAAUGCUCACAGGUGACUGGUUCGGAAGUGAAUGGAGGUACGUGGAGAAUUACUUGGCGAAGAAUACACAAACUACGGAUGCACACUCUACUACUGGCUUCACUAAUCCCCUAGUGGAGGAUGUUUUGACAUCUGUGCAGCCGCCCAUUUAG